CAAUGGGUUGUGGAGUAAGUUCAAUAGAUAAAGAGACAAGAAUGAGUAUGAGGAAGGUCAAGCCGAUAGAAAAGGAUUUAAUAUCUCAAGAGACUUUAGAACAACUCGUCAGUCUUGUUAGAAAUCAUAAAAUGACAAUCGGGGUUAAUGAUGAUCCUAGAACUUUUAUCCUCGAUUUUAAGACAGUAGACACGAUGGACAUGAUUUAUGCCUUAAAAAGAGAAAAAGCUACUGGGAGAAGAAGGAUCCCGGACAUGGAUUGAAUCAAAAUUAUUUCUAUGAGAGACCCAAAGGACAUUAUUGUUAAAGAUUUCUUAAUCGAUCACAUGCCGAAAAAUAUUAAAGAGUUGCAUUUCGAUAUUUCACCGAGAUAUGUUUGAAAAGACUUUGGGUUCUAUCAAUUUGAGUUGCUCAAAUGAUUUGAUAGGGUCCAGAAAGCUGUUUACCUCAAUGGGCUCAAGCUAGGAAAGGGACAACUAGAGCUCACCUUUAAAAGGUGUUUUAAGAUUGAAACUCUGUCAUUUUCACAAUGAAUCCUUCCUAACGAUCCCCUCGUGCUUGAAGGAAGAGAUGUUAUCAAUUCAGGGAACCGAGAAGAAAUAUAUAUGGAAUAUAAAAUAAAAUUUUUGGAAUUCCUGCAUUGUAAGGAUAAAGAUGAGCAAAAUUGGAAGACUAAUGAUAAAGGGUUCGUUAAUCUUGUCAAAGGAAUAAUGACUUGACAACUUCAGAAUUCAUUAGAACAAAUUAUUGUUAAGGAUUGUGGUAUUAGUGAGCAGAAAGCUAAUGAUAUACUUAGCCAAAAUAAUAGUCAUAUUAAAUGAGUUGGUGAAACUACAGUUGAUAAUGAUAAACUUUGUAUUGAUGAUGAAAUUGAAAUUAUCGAAAAAGAGCUAUCGGAGAGUAAUAAAUUUUCGAACAUUGAAAAUCUUGAAACAUACGAAAUAGAUUCUUCUCGUUGCCCUAUCAAAGAUUAUUUUUGCCAGGAUGAUUCUUCAGAGGAACCCUUUUCAUUAAGCUUAUAA